UGUGUGACGUCAAACGCAGUUUACAAGCAAGGCUAGCUCGAGGUUCGGACAGCAACAGAGCAACGAAUUUAUAAAUAUCGCUUUAUAUAUUUUCGUAUCCUCAAUAUUUUUUGUUUAACUGUUUUGAUAUUCUUUUCAUGUUGAUAAUCAAUUUGAUUUGAAGAUUCAUAUGAGUGUUGAAUCAUUUAAUGAAAGCUCUAAAAAAUUUCAAAAAGUAGUUGGUUGUGUAUAAAUGAAAUAAUUGAACAAACAGUUUGAUAUAAAUUUUUUCAUAUAUUUGUAUACUGUUAAAGCAGUUUUAGUUGUAAUAACAGGGCCAAACAAAAAUACUUGCUCUUCCGUGGUAUCCGGUAGAAAUGGGGGGAGCUGUGAGUGCAGGUGAAGACAAUGAUGAGCUUAUUGAUAAGUUAGCUGAAGCGGAAUAUAUAAAGUCUCCCAUAGUGGAGAAAAUAUUCCGUGAAGUUGAUCGUGCCAACUAUUAUCUGGAAGGUUGCAAGGAAAAUGCCUAUAGAGAUAUGGCUUGGAAACAUGGUCAUAUUCAUCUUUCAGCACCUUGUAUUUAUUCUGAGGUUAUGGAAUCCUUAAAACUUGGUCCUGGAAUGUCUUUUUUGAACCUUGGUAGUGGUACUGGAUAUCUCAGUACAAUGGCAGGACUUUUGCUAGGGACAUACGGUGUCAAUCAUGGGGUGGAAUUGCAUCGAGAUGUUGUGAUUUAUGCCAGAAAUAAACUAGAAGAAUUUCAAAACUCAUCCCCAGCUCUGGAUAAAUAUGAGUUUUGUGCUCCAAGUUUUGUUGUAGGAAACUGUUUACUACUAGACAGUUCUGUACAACAGUAUGAUAGAGUCUACUGUGGAGCUUCUUGCCCAUUGGAGCAUGAAAACUAUAUGAAAAAUUUAGUUCGCAUUGGUGGAAUUUUAGUCAUGCCUUUGAAGGAUCAUUUAUUGCAAGUAACCAGAACUGGUGAAACUAGUUAUGAAGUAAAAAAUCUCCUUCCUGUUUCUUUUGCCUCACUUGUUUUACCGAAACCCAACGAAGCUCUUACGUCUGUAAAACUCCCUGAAAUGUGUCCAUUAAGUUUGCAAGAGCUUUGCCGCUCAACUGUGAGAAUACUUUUACGAAGAAAUGUGGAAAUCGAAAAUCCUUCUUUGAAAGAACGAAAGAAACCUCAUCAUCCUAAACGCAAGAGAGGCAGAAGACGAAUGAAAAGGAUUGUGAUACCCAUUUUUGAGGAUCGGCGAAGACAAAAUUUUGAUAGUAGAAGAGGUAGUCAGUCUGAUGCUGAUGACAGCAGACGAGGCAGUCACUCAGAUGUAGAAAAUCGACGAGAUAGCCAAGCAGAAGCUAGUGACAGUGGACGGGAUAGUCAAGCAGACACCAGCAGUAGACGACAUGGUUACACUAGAAUUUCUCCAGAUACAAAAAUUGUGUUAAACAUUAAUAAUCCAAGGUCUGGACAAUCUGUGCAAAAGAUGGAAGUUACAAUUGACAGUGAAGACCCUGAAUCUCAAAUCACAACUGAAGAUGAUGAUAAAAAGGAUCAGUGUGAGAACAGUACUCCAAAAAAUGGCAAGAGAAAACUAAGCCAACCAGGCAAUGGUGACAGUGGAAUUGAUAACAUAAGUGAUGACUCUUUUCUCGAGGAGGGUCCCACAGACAGUGAGAAAUAUGGAGCAUCAUCCAAUCCAUCAAGCUCACAAAGUUCAGUGGAAAGUAUGACUAGAAAUUCGGCAUAUCUAAAACGAAGUGCCGAAGAAAAUGACGACGAUGAUGGUGCUUUAGAUCCGCGAACUAAUGGGGGUGAAGAUCGAAAAUUUGCAAACUACAAAAAUACAGCAGUAAUAUUUAAACGGGUUGCCUUCAGUGAUGCAGACAGUGAUGAAUUUGAUGAUCUUGAUAGUGAUUCAGGAAAAGAUUGCUUUUCAGUGAAAAAUAAAGAAGAUUCUAAUGAAAAUAGUGAUACAUUUACAUACACCUAUUUUAUGAAGCAGAAGAUACAGCAGCUGCCACUUCCACAAACCUUGAAAAUCUUUGUAAAUCUCUCCAGACCUGUAUAAAAAGUUUAUAGGCUUGAUAAUUAUGUACUGGACUUGUAGACUUUUGUAGACUUUCUCAGUUUUGAAAUAUUUCAUUGGCUCCAUUGUAAAUGUUUCUAGAGAGUUCAGUGCCAUUCUUAAUUUUCCAAAAUUAUUCAAUAUAAAGAAAUAAAGCAAUCCAAUUAUGUUAUGAGAAAAUGUUAACAGGUUUCUCUCUCUCUCUCUCCCCCCCCCUUUUUUUUUUUUUUUUUUUUUUUUAUAUUAUUAUUAUUAUUAUUAUUAGAUUGUAAAGAUGUUGAAAAUUAACAAAUUUUUUCUGAUGAUGAAUUUUAAAUCGAUAGAAAUAUUGCUUAAAUGUUAGGAAUAAUUUUCAAUAUAAUAGAAUUGUAAAUAAGCUGCUUUCAGGCAUUAAAUUUUUAUGUUAAGCAUUUCGUACCCAUUAGUUUAAAAACUGAAUUAAUGCAAUUAAAAAGUAAGACUAAUUUAGAUUUUAAAUAUGUCAUGUACAAUUACUUACUUAUUUAAUAAAACAUAUUAAUUAAUAAAUAGUUGGUAAUAGUUCUUUUAUACAUGUCUCAGUAUUUGACUUUUUUCUUUUAAUAAUGAUUACAGAAUCUUUUGCCAGGAAUGCAAAAAGUUUUUUAAAAAAAUCCAGAAUUAUAUGUUUAAAAUGACUUUAAAGGUAAUAUUUUGUUUUUAAAAGACAUUCAGAUAGCUUAUUUACUCUAGAACUCUUACUUUUUUCUUUCCUCUAUUGCCAAAAGAAAUUCUUUUUUAAUUAUUAUUAUUAUAAGAAUUUUUUGUGUAAAAUCUUCCUUUCCUCCUGAGUGGUUUCUUUUUGGCCACCAUACUUGUGAAUGUGUAUCUAUAAAAGAAUUCUAAAAUGGCCAUAAUAUUAAGACAUGCACAAGUCAAAAAGUCAUAUCUGCUAAUUUCAGUAUGUUAUUUUCAAUAUUAUGCAUUAUUAAAUUAUGAUUUAUUCAUUAAAAAUAUUAGGUUAUAUUCAAUUUUAAUUUUUAAUAGUGAAAGGAUUUUUAAAAAUAUGAAUUAUUAAAAUAUAUUAUUUUUGGUACUGAACUCAAUUCUACACUGCACUUGUAUAUUGCACUUGGUACAUUAGUGUUUGUGUUAAUGUGGUUAUAUGAUUUCAUGUGUGUAAGUUUGAGAUGUUGUUCAGCUGUAUUUUUCAGUGCAAUACAGUGAGAUUAUAUAGACUUUAAAUAUAUUUGUACUUUGUUAUAUUUAAGAUGAAGGUAUCUUAAAUUUUAAAAUUACAGACUUGUUUACUGCUGUAUGAUGGUCAAAGUUUAAACCAUGCUUCUACUCUAAAUAUGUAAACAAUGUUAUUUAUUAUCAUGAAGUAGUUUCGUAGUGAGAGAGAAUUCAAUGGAAUCAGAUUGUUUCUUACAAGUUCCUUACAAUCAUUCUGUUUUCGAUAUGAAUACUUCUUUUCUUAACUGCUUAGCCUAUCAUGAUAAUUUUGUAUAUUAAGUUGAUAUAACAUUAGCAGAAAUGGAAAGAAUAUGGUUUAAAUAAUUUUAUGCUUUAUGUUUUGUAUAUACAAACUGAUAUCUGAGGUAAACUGAUUUUUAUGAUAUAAAAUGACUUUGUGUAACAUUAUAAUGACAAUAAAACUUAACUUGAACAAA